AUGUUGCAGGGUUGCCUUGUGUAUUCACUCCUCCACCUACCCGAGAACGGAAAGGCCUUCGACAAGCUUGCCGAUACCCAGGCGCGUGUGCGAGAGCUUGAAGACGCUUUAAAUCUUGCAAUUCAAAGUUCUACUCACGAAAAAUCUUCUAACUCGACAACACCGUUAUCUUCGGGCAGAUGUGAUGAUCCUACGUCUACAAGCCAGGUACCCUUUGCGAGCUCCAGUUUCAUUCCAGAUACCCGCUCCCUGGAGGCUGCUGUAACAACAUUCAAAUGGCACAUUGCAAAUUGUGGACUUGGAAGUCCGCUUUCAAGUGCAAGAGCAGCGUUUUCCUCGGCUGUUUUCCAACAGACUGGCCACAAAUUUGACUUGGAUGAACUUUUGCUUGACGCUGCAUACUCGUUUGAGGAACAGGGCUUCCGAUCCAAUAAGAAACAUACCAGUUCCCAAUGGCCACCAGCAGACCUUGUCCAAAGCUGCAUAGAUUAUUAUUCAAAAAGUGGACUAUAUUCUAUGUUACCUUUUGCGGAUGUCAAUGCGCUACAAGUUCUCCUCGAUGCAGAAGUGUUGAGUCAUCCACAAGCGAGUCGUGCUGCUAAUCUUGCCUGCCUAGCUGCCUUCACUGCGAAUAUCGCCCAGAUGCACCGCCACGACCCCUUGCUAGCCCAUGCUGAUCCGGACGCUUACGCUCAGGCAGCACUUGGUAUUUUCCCUGCGAUUCUGAUGGAGACGCCCGAUCUGAGAACCCUAGAGGCCGUGAUCAUGUUAGCCACAUAUAUUGCUCCAAUUGGUCAGACACAGUCAAUAGAUCUAUUGUUGGGAGUUGCUAUACAAGCACUCUACAGCCUAGGUGGGCAUAAAAUACGACCCACACCGAAGACUCCCGGUCGAUCCCAGGAGAACCAGCACCUGCGUGCAUUGUUCUGGCUUUGCUAUGGCAUGGAUAGCGAACUAUGUAUCCGGAAAGGCCAACCCCAAUUGAUCAAUGAAGCUCAUUGUGAUAUGGAUUUACCUGUCAACUACGCUUUAAAGUCUAAGGAACAUCACUUUUACUGGAAGCCCCUGUCGUCGAAAGAGCUGCUCUAUCCGUCGGACCUUCGAUUGAACCUCAUCAAAACAAAAAUACAGACGAUGCUUUACUCUGAGAAGAAUGCGCCGAACUCCGAAGCAAGGAGGCUCCAACUCAUUAGAGAACUGGAUGACGAACUGAGCAAAUUGAGAUCAGAGUUCCCUGUGGAUUGCCGUCCCAACCUAUUUGCCACCGAAGGUGCUCCGAACUAUCUGUUCCACGACCUCAGCAUACGCGGUGUCAGCAUCCACCUGGAGUAUUACUAUUGCCUUGGAAAAAUCCACGGGUCUAUCAACUCUUACAGUAUCCCCACCUCGAGUUCCGGACCACCUGUGCUAUCCAGCACACAGAUAACAUAUGAGGCAGCACGUUGCACCUUGAUCUACAUUCAUCGAGUGCAACAUUACAUUAACUUUCACACAUUCUGGAUACAUGCCCACUUCUUGCUCACUGCUGUUGUCACGCUUUUUCGGUUCCUUAUCAUGGCCCCCUCGGCCCCAACCUUUGCUCGAGACCUUCAGAUCAUAGACGCCACGGCCCAAAUCUUCGCCGAUUUCACAAUAUCCGACGAUCCUGAGAGGAAUUGCUUCCCACCAUUUUUCCUGAUCCAUACCUUUAUCGAAAAGCUGUCAUAUCUAGCUCACGAAUCACAAGCUAGGUCCAUGACCGAAUAA